UGCAGUGGCUGCCUCUGGCACAACAUGGUCGCGGAUAAAUCUCUCCUAAUAUGUGCACUCCUCUCCACAGCGGUCUGUGGAGCCCUGUCUCAAGGCCUGCAGGCAUAUGUAAAGACGGAUGGGGCUUUGAUUCUGUCAAUGGUAAAAAGGAUGUACUCUGCCAGAACAGCCACUGAGUGUGCAGCUCGAUGUGAUGUAGAAAGAGCCUUCACCUGCAGGUCAUUUGUAUACACAGAGGAAGAUGGAGAUUGUAUGACAAUCCCAGCAAACUCCAAAGUUCAGUCCUUGUUCCCAAGAGCAAACGCAAGACUUUAUGAGAAAACAGAGUAUUUAAAGGAAUGUGUCGAUGGUAUUGGAACAAAUUACAGAGGUACCAAAUCCACAACUAAAUCAGGAAAAACAUGUCAGCAAUGGGGGUCAAGAUCUCCACAUGUGCCCAACAUGAAUCCUCAGAGGUACCCAAAGGCCGAUCUGGAGUUUAACUUCUGCAGGAACCCAGACAAUGAUCUUGGUGGGCCGUGGUGCUACACCACCGAUCGAAACAAGAGGUGGGAGUCCUGUGAUGUAGUGGACUGCGCUAGUAUAGACUCCCCAGAGGAUUGCAUCAUCUGCAACGGUGAGGACUACACAGGCAACAUCUCCAGGACAGAGUCAGGCCAAACCUGUCAACACUGGGAUUCUCAACAGCCACACAGCCAUGGCUACAUUUCUGAUCUUCUUCCCGACAAACAUCUGGAAAAGAACUACUGCAGGAACCCGGAUGGUGAGCCAAGGCCCUGGUGUUUCACGACCAACAAAAACAAGCGCUGGGAGUACUGCAAUAUCCCUCAGUGUGCCUCUGGUCCUCCAGCCACUGAGGAGGAGUACACCUGUAUCACCGGAGACGGCACAUCCUAUCGGGGCACAGCGUCUGUCACCGUCACCGGGAAACAGUGCCAGAUGUGGUCUGCCCAGAGUCCGCACAAACACUUGCACGUGCCAGAAAGCUUCCCCUGCAAAGGGCUCGAGGCAAACUACUGCAGAAACCCCAGCGGUGAGAAACGUCCCUGGUGCUACACGGCAGACCCAGACACCAGAUGGGAGUACUGCACAGUGCCACGAUGCGGAGAGGAGGAGGCCGUGGAGACUGCUGCCGUGGUCCUGGACUGCUACACUGAUAAUGGGAGCUCCUACAGGGGCACCGUGUCAGAAACUGUGAGCGGGAAGAAGUGCCAGGACUGGUCCUCCACGUUCCCUCACCACCACCAGAAAACACCUCAGGCCUACCCACAAGCGGAUCUGCAGAGCAACCUGUGCCGGAACCCAGACAACGACCGAGCCCCCUGGUGUUUCACCACGGACCCCACUGUGCGCUGGGAAUACUGCAGGCUUCACAAGUGCACCAGCAGGAUGAUUUCACACCCAGAGGACAGGCCGGGUCCAGCCGCCAACCUUGUCCCAGCAGUACCAAUAACAGACUGUAAGGUGGAGAAUGGGGAAGACUACAAGGGGCCCACGUCCUCAACCAUCAUGGGCAUCACCUGUCAGGCAUGGGACUCCAUGGAGCCUCAUCAACACGCCAGCUUCACAUCCAUAACACACCCUGACAAAGGCCUGGAGGGCAACCAAUGUCGUAAUCCAGACAGUGAUGUGAAUGGGCCUUGGUGCUACACCACAGAUGAGAAUAAGAAGUGGGACUACUGCCAGAUUCCAGACUGCUCUCAGCAGAAGUGUGGCCAGCCGCACAUUCCUCCUCAAAAGUGCUUCCUCCGUGUCCUUGGAGAGUGUGUGGCCAAACCACACUCUUGGCCAUGGCAAAUCAGCCUCCGCGACAGCUCGGGGACUCCCACCUGCGGAGGAACCUUGAUCGAUGCACAGUGGGUUCUAACAGCUGACCACUGCUUACGACAACAUACUCCCUCCAGCUAUAGGGUCUAUGCAGGGAUCCAUACGAAGCAGGCAACAGAGCCAUCAAAACAAGUGAGAAAUGUUGAAAAGAUCAUCCGUGAACCAUCAGGAAAAGACAUCGCUCUUCUCAAACUUGACAGGCCAUUUGUGUUGAAUGAUAAGGUCUCCCUGGCAUGCUUACCAGAGAAGGAUUACAUAGUUCCAGCCAAUUCAGAAUGCUAUGUAACUGGUUGGGGUUCGACACACGGAACCGGUGGAGAUGAGUAUUUGAAAGAAACUGGAUUCCCAGUCCUCGAAAACACGAUAUGCAACCUGGAUAUUUACUUAAAAGGAAGAGUAAAAGAUCAUGAAAUGUGUGCCGGAAACGUCGACGGGGGUACAGACAGUUGUGAGGGGGACAGUGGGGGACCACUGGUGUGUGUCUCGAAUGACAUCUUCAUCCUUCAGGGAGUGACAUCGUGGGGGCUGGGCUGCGGCAGAGCCAACUCCCCAGGAGUCUAUGUCAGGGUGUCCAAAUUUGUUCAGUGGAUCCAACAGGAACAGCUGAAAAACAAACUACAUGGUUUAAAGGACUUAGCAUCUACCGGAGGGCCUGUUAGCAGUGGCCCCCUCUGCCACAUCAUGGCUGUGUAUAAAGCUCUUUUAACAUGGACACUGCUUUGCACUGUCACUGGAGUAUUCUCAAACGUCCUGGACGAUUAUAACAAAAUCGACGGGACUUGGAUCAUUACCGUGGUCAAGAGAACUUACUCAGUCAACACGGCAGCAGAAUGUGCAGCAAAGUGCAAUGCAGAGGUAGCCUUCCUGUGCAGAUCUUUUGUCUACAUAGAGAAGGAUCAGGACUGCCUGACCCUCCCUUCAAAUUCCAAGAUGGAGUCACUGCUCAGGAGGACAAGUUCAGCCUUCUAUGAGAAGAAAGAGUUCUUGAAAGAAUGUAUCACCGGUGAUGGGAGCAGAUACAGAGGAACAAAGUCGAGCACAAAAUCAGGGAAAAGGUGCCAGCGAUGGGCCUCAACAUUCCCCCAUAACCCCAACAUGACUCCCUCAAAAUACCCCAACGCUGACUUGGAGUCCAACUACUGCCGAAACCCAGAUGGCGACCCCAAUGGGCCUUGGUGCUACACUAUGGACCCGGAAACGAGAUGGGAAUCUUGUGGUAUUCAGGACUGUACUGUGGAGUGCAUGCAGUGCAGUGGAGAGGACUACCGGGGCAAGAUCUCAACAACAGAGUCAGGCUUCACCUGCCAACGCUGGGAUACUCAGACACCACACAACCAUGGCUACCUUCCCUCUGCGCUUCCCGACAAAUACCUUGAAGAGAACUACUGCAGGAACCCGGAUGGUGAACCAAGGCCCUGGUGUUUCACGACCAACAAAAACAAGCGCUGGGAAUUCUGCAACAUCGCUCGAUGCACUUCUGAGCCACCCACAAUUGUCCCAGAGCUUACCUGCGCCACAGGUGAUGGCAGUAACUACAGAGGGACUGUGUCUGUGACCGUGUCAGGGAAGGCUUGUCAGAUGUGGUCCUCACAGUUGCCACAUAAGCACACUCGAACACCAGACAACUACCCAUGCAAAGGCCUUGAAGGAAACUACUGCAGAAAUCCUGACAAUGAAAGAAGUCCUUGGUGCUACACGACAGACGCUGGAACUCGGUGGGAGUACUGCAAGGUGCCCAGCUGUGGAAACGAACCUGCUCCUGAUGAGCCUGUUAUUCCUACGGAGGAGGAGGAAGACUGCUACGUUGACAAUGGCAGCAGCUACAGAGGGGGGAUGUCAGAGACCAUAAGUGGGAAAAAAUGCCAGUUCUGGUCAUCCAUGAGUCCUCAUCGCCAUCAGAAGACACCACAAGCUUUUCCUAAUGCAGACCUGAGGAGGAAUCUGUGCCGGAACCCAGAUAACGACCGCGCUCCCUGGUGCUACACCACCGACCCCUCGACGCGAUGGGAGUACUGCAAGCUCGACAAGUGCUCCACUUCUAAACCACAGCCACAGCCAACCCCGAAACCAGUGGGCCCCAAGCCCCCCAGCCCAGCCACCACCAGUGCUCCAUCAGCUAAAGAUUGCAAGAUUGGAAAUGGCGCCACAUACAGGGGUCAGACGUCCAGGACUGUGAUGGGGGUCACCUGCCAGGCCUGGAGCUCCAUGAGCCCCCAUCAACACGCCAGCUUCACCCCUGAAACACACCCUGACAAAGGCCUGGAGGGGAAUCAAUGCAGAAAUCCAGACAAUGAUGUGAAUGGGCCUUGGUGCUACACUACAGAUCGCACGAAAAAGUGGGACUACUGCCAGAUUCCUGACUGUUCUGAAAGCAAAUGUGGACAACCUGCUACGACUCCCAGGCGAUGCUUUGGCCGAAUCGUCGGAGGCUGCGUGUCUAAGCCUCACUCCUGGCCAUGGCAGAUUAGCUUGAGGACCAGCACUGGCAUUCACUUCUGUGGAGGAACUCUAAUUGAUGCUCAGUGGGUUCUCACAGCUGCCCACUGCCUGGAAAGGUCUAAAAGGCCAUCCGCCUACAAAGUGUACCUGGGCAUCCACUCAGAGAGGGCAUCAGAAGCAUCAAAGCAAGUGAGGGAUGUUGAGAAACUGAUUCUUGAACCAGGUGGAAAAGAUAUUGCCCUUCUUAAGCUUUCCAGACCAGCUAUCCUAAAUGAUAAGGUCAUGGCAGCCUGUUUACCAGAGAAGGAUUACAUCGUCCCCAGUCACACAGAUUGCCAUGUAACAGGCUGGGGUGAGACACAAGGCACCGGAGGGGAGGGCAUGCUGAAAGAAACAGGGUUCCCCGUCAUUGAAAACAAAAUUUGUAACCGACCUGCCUAUUUGAACGGCAGAGUGAAGGACCAUGAAAUGUGCGCCGGAAACAUCGAGGGAGGCACAGACAGUUGUCAGGGCGACAGUGGAGGACCACUAGUGUGCUACGACAAGAAGACAUUUGUUCUCCAAGGAGUGACGUCAUGGGGUCUCGGCUGUGCCAAUGCAAUGAAACCAGGGGUUUAUGCCAGAGUAUCCAAAUUCAUAGACUGGAUUAACACUGAAAUGAAGAAUAACUGAAAUGAAGGUUAACACUUUUGUGUUGUCAUAACGCCAUAUUUUUCUGAUAGUGCCCCUAUAUCUGCAAGUCAAGCCGUGAACACCAAGGUUCACUUCACAUGCAGCAUUUUCAUCGUGUCAGCACAGCCUUUCAUUUUAAGUUUUAAAAGAUUUAUGUUUGAAAAAUGGCAAAUGUUAUUGUCUUAACUGACUAUUAAGACAACAAUGGAGAAAAAGUAAACUGAACAGACAAUCUUGAUUAAAAGAACUCUCAGUACAAUGAGAGUUUUGUCCAGUAGAUUGUACAAUGCAGUGUAAUCUACAGAGUCUGAAGAAUCGUGAGAUUUUUGUGAAUAGCUAUUGGUUAAUGGCAAUGUUGGUAAAAUAAACAUACAGAAAAUUCCUGUU